AUGAAGGCCGUAUUUAUCGUCUGCGCGUGCCUACUUAAUGAGGUUAUCGGUCAGGGCAACUGGCAAUUUGUCGGCAACCCACUGAUACACGCUUACCCGUGCAAAAAUGUCAAAGACAUAGUGAUGUCCUACGAGCCAGGUUUCCCAGAGGGAAAGAACAAUAUGUACAGUGUGCUGAUCGAGAGGAACUUGCCGCCGUUUACAGAGAUUGAUCUGAAAACGGACAUCGCUGCUGUCGUGAAGCUGGCUGACAAAAGUAAAGGAAGAGUGAGCGUUAUCGCCCCAAACACAUUUAACAUCAGAACUUUCAACGAAACCGAUUCAAUAGCGUUCGCAGUCAAGGGGCCAAGCACGGGGCUGUUGCCAUAUUUUGACAGUGUGAAAAUCAAUGCUGAAGAACUUUGCACCAACCCACGAAAGGGUUUCUUUAAAAAGUUCGUCAAGGGUUCAGAUGGAAAAAUUCCUCAAGGGCCUUUGGGGUUCUGUGGCAGGCGAAAAGUGUUGCACACCGAGCUCAUUGUUGGCGGGACGACGACAAAGGCUGGCGACUGGCCGUGGCACGUGGCAAUAUACAGAUUAUACAAAUCAGUGAUAAAAUAUAUUUGCGGUGGAACUUUGCUCUCUAAGAACUAUGUUUUAACCGCUGCUCACUGCGCAUCCAUCAGAGGUGAGGCCGUGAUUCCUGAUAUUCUGAACGUGAUCCUGGGCAAACAUAACCUGGUCGGGGGUGACGUGGCUAUUCAAGAGAAAGAAGUGUUUAGCGUCAUUUUGCAUGAAAACUACAACUUUCAACUAGGACUAGACAACGACAUUGCUUUACUGAAGUUAAGGACGGAAGUGACGUACUCGGAUUAUGUCCAACCUUCGUGUUUGUGGACUGAACAGGUUCACGAAAGAUCGCCAAUAAAGGAAAUUUAUGGAACGAUCGUAGGGUGGGGUUUCGACCAGAACAAUGAACUGGCUAGUGAACUUCGCCAAGCGAACAUUCCUAUAAUUCCUGAGAACGUUUGCUACAAAAGUAAUCCGCUGUUCUACGCUAAAGUGUUGAACGAAAAUAAAUUCUGCGCAGGAUCGAAGAACGGUACUUCUGCCUGCAAUGGAGACAGUGGAGGAGGUUUGUUUGUCUUCAUACCAGAUAUUUCCCAAGAUACUGCACCAAACGCCCAAGGGGCUUGGUAUCUUAAAGGACUGGUGUCACUGACGGUUUCCAAGAGAGAUGCAAGGAUUUGCGAUCCCACCCAAUAUGUCGUGUUCACCGACGUAUCUAAGUACAAAGAAUGGAUAGAGAAAUAUGUGGAA